CAAAUUUUAAACAGUAACCGGCAGGCUUUUACAGACCGGCCUACUCCUGCAUCUGUUGUUCACUGUUUCUAACCGCUGUUGUUCACUCAGUCCGACACCUCCCUCUUUGUCCCACAGCCUGGAGUUGGUGCACAUUAAGGGGCAGGAGAUUGCAGCCUUCACUUGAUCCGCCCGGUUUUAACUAAUGCAAUCAACCGGGCGUGCACAAUCAAAUACGACUUUAGGCUGUGCACGCCAUAUACAAGAAGAAGAAGCGCAGACGCGACUGUGACCGAGACACCGCGAGGAUGCGACCCUCUGUCUGCAAGGCCGUGGGUCAGCUGUGGCUGCUGACAGGACUCUACACUGUAGCGAUGUGCAGAGCAGGAACGACAGCCACCGCGGGCUCCAUCACCACCGUCCCCGUGGGUGGGUCGGUCAGGUUUCCCCUCCUACAUCACAGCCUGGAGAGGUUCAGGGUGGCGAUGGGACGGCUCCAUCCCUAUCAUGGAAUCCUGGCCUGGAAGUCUAGCAGCCCGGAGUCUCCACACUGGGUCAACCCGUCCUACAGGGACAGGGUCUGCUUCCAACGAGACGCCUUCAUCGAACUGCGGGCCCUGGGGCCGGGUGACCAGGGGACGUACGAGAUAGAGACAAUAUACUUUGGGAGAGAGCUGUACAACCUGGACAACUUUGAGCUGCGUGUGGUUGAGCCGAUGUCCACACCGACCGUGGAGGUCAGCUGCAACUCGUCGCAUCUCACGCUGAUCUGCUCCACCGUCAGCGGCUUCCCCGUCACCUACCGGUGGGAGCGGCGAUCGCAGGAUCCCGGCGUGGGGAACGCCACCUUCCCCGGAGCUGUGCUGUACCUGCUGGACCCGGGGCUGCUCAACUACACAUACACCUGUGUCACAGAAGAUUGUUGUAGUAGAUACACAGUCAAUGCAACCCUGCCCUGUGACAUCCUGCCCGGAGAACCAUGGAGUGGUUGGCAGAUCGCUGUCGCUGUGCUUAUUGGUGGCGUACUGAUUCUUAUUAUCUUCGCUGUCUGGCUGCGUCACCGGCGUAGUGUAUCCAUGCAGAAUGCGCUGGACCAUCCCGUGAAUUUCCCCACCGUCAAAUCCUCAGCUCAUAGUCAUAGUGAGUUGGACUCCAACUCUGUGGAGAAACAGGAGAAAGCUUUCCUCCAGUCUAAGGGAAUUGAAGAGGGCGACAACAUGGGGCAUGUCACCGUCUACUUUGGGGAAAACACAAAACUGAACGGAAGACCUGAAGAAUCUUGAGUGCUGGUCAUCAGAGAUAUGGAGGAAUUGGACAAAUGCCGGUGAGAACAAAAGAACAACACAAGAUAAUGGAAAAACGAGGGACUAAAUAAAUACACCACACUA